AUGUUUUUCUCUCUCAUCUCAUGAGCUCUGAAGUUCUUGUGAUGAUUUUUUUUUGUUUAAUUUUGUCUUUUUCUUGAUUAAUCUGUUUUCUGUUGUCCAUUUUCAUGGAAUCAAUUAGUAAAUCAAGUGAAGAUGAAUCACCAUUAAUCUAUGGUUUGGAACAUCAAUCUCGAGCCUUAUGCUCUCAAUCUGUAUCAACAAUCGGUGCUGAUGUUUCAUUUGUAAGAUUUUUAAUUGGAACUCAAUCACUUCAAACACCAAAUCAAAUUCAUCUUGUUGAAUAUUCUGAAGAAUCUAAUAGUCAUUGUAAAGCUAUAUUUAAACAUGAAGAUGGUGAAAUUUGGUCAAUCAAUUGUUGCCCCAAGAAUCCAAGAUUAAUUACUACCUGUUAUUCACCAACAUCUUCAUCAAGAACUCGUGAUUGUUUAUGUUCAUUAUACCAACUACCAAAUGAUAUUGUUGAAAGUCUUGCCGAUAAAGAUUACAGUUCACCAUUACCAUUAACUAAAUUAAGUGAUUUCAAAUCAGGCCCUAAUGUUGGACGAACCUCAAUUUGGCAACCAGAAGAUGGUAAUCAAUUAAUGACGUUUGAAGAAAAGAAAAUUAUUCUCUGGGAUAUAGAAAGUAAACAAUCAACUUGGUCCACAAUAAUUGAUCCAAUUUCUUCAUCAAACAAAGCAUCAAAUAAAUUGUCCAAAAUAACGACAAUUAGAUGGAGUCCACAUUCCAAUUGUUCAAUAAUCGCUGCCGCUUUAGGUAACAAUGUUUACGCUCGAGAUAUAAGAUGUAAAUCGUCAGCGUUUGCAUUCAGUUUAUCAGCCCAUAGUCAACAAGUUCGAGAUGUGGAUUUCAAUCCAAAUGCUCAAUACUAUAUGGCGACAUGUGGGGACGAUUGUGAGUACAAAUUCUGGGAUGUUCGUAAGCCAAAUAUUCCAGCGAUAACUAUGGCCAAUCAUUCCCAUUGGGUUUGGUCAAUUAGAUACAAUCAAUUCCAUGACCAAUUAGUAUUAACUUGUAGUAGUGAUUCUCGAGUUAACUUGAUUCGUAUCAAUAGUUUGGCCUCUCAACCUUUCGGUCAAUUGGGUGAUCCAGAUGAAAGUGAUCUCGGUGAUACUCUUGACCAGAAUACAGAAAAAUCUGUCAACACUAGUCAGCAUGUUAAUCGUUUAGAAGAUGAAUUAAUCUGUUCAUUUGAAGAGCAUGAAGAUAGUGUUUAUGCCGUUGAAUGGUCAUCUUCAGAUCCAUGGAUAUUUGCGUCAUUAAGUUACGAUGGUCGAUUGGUAAUUAACAAAGUUCCCAAGAAAGAAAAGUUUAGUUUACUUUUUUGAUUGGAAAGAAAAAGAAGAAAACAAAACAAUAAUAUUAAUCUAUUCACAUUGUACUUUUUACAUUUUAAUUAUUUUCCAAGAUGAAAUCAUCAAAAGUAAUUUAUUCUACAUAUAAAUUGAUUAGAUUAAAUAUCUAAUAUAAUUUUCUCAAA